AUUGAAGAGAUGAUGAUGGUAGAAGAACGGGCAAAGGAGGAGCUCAGAAAUAUUGAAGCCCAAUACCCCAACAGUCAUGAGUACCUUAAGCUUGAGCUCAAGUCCUUCAUAUUUCUUCUCCAAUCUCACCACCAUCACGAUCAUCUCAAUAUUCUUCUCAAUUCAGAUCAUACCCAGUUCUUCCCUACCUCUUCCCCUGCUGUUGCCACUCAAGAAUCGACGAGUAAUAGAAAGAGGAAGAAGGUGAGUGAGAAUCAUUGCAUUGAUAAUGACAGUGAUAAGCAAGAGUUAAAUCAGAUUAAUCAAAGUCCAGAGGAUAUUGUUGUGAAGGAGACCAAGAAAAGAAGGGAUAGAGUUGAACUAGUUCUUGAGAGAGCUCGUGCCUGUCUACGAAAGAUCAGACAUCUCAAAUCCUCCCUACUUCCAUGCUCUGCAGAUUGAUACUAUGUAUGG